AUGGCCUCCCAGCUGCGCCACAAGCUCAUCGGUAGUACUACUCUAAAGCCCUCCGCGUCACAGCUCUUCCGCAGCGACACUCGCUGGCAGCCCGUGCAGGAGCUAUUUCGCCGCGCGUUCGCCAGCAGCAGCAGCAGCAGCAACAGCAGCAGCGACGGCGGUCUCAGCCGCGACAACCCGCACCGCCACAGUUUCGUCUAUUCCUGGGAUUCGCCCAUCAAGAGCGCGCCGCAGCAAGCGGCGCAGUCCAGAGGCGUGGACGACGUUCCCCAGAUGGACUCCGUGGGCAAACCCCUCCAGGCGCAACCAUCUUCCCCGUCACAGGCUGCGCCGACCGCGGCAACCGCGUCGACCACGACUGCGCGGCGAGGCGAGCCGGUGCAGAAUCUGAAGCGGUUUCAGAUCUACCGGUGGAACCCGGACGAGGGCGGGAAGGCGAGGAUGUCAGACCGGUUCUUUUUCUUUCAUCUCUGCCGGUCAAUGGUGGAGUACACAGUGGACACCACCAAGUGCGGUCCCAUGAUCCUGGACGCACUCUUUACGAUCAAGAACACGCAGGACCCCACGCUCGCGUUCCGGCGCAGCUGCCGCGAGGGCAUCUGCGGGUCGUGCUCCAUGAACAUCGACGGCCAGAACACGCUCGCGUGCCUCUGCCCCAUCGACCCGCGCCCCACCGUGGCCACCACGAUCGCGCCGCUGCCGCACAUGUUUGUGAUCAAGGACCUGGUGGUGGACCUCACGUGGCAGUACCAGCAGUACAAGUCUAUUGAGCCGUGGUUGAAGGUAAAGACGCCUCCUGCAGACGGAAAGGAGAACAGGCAGAGCGUAGAGGACCGGGAGAAGCUGGAUGGGCGCUACGAGUGCAUCCUCUGCUUCUGCUGCACGGCUGGCUGUCCCUCCUACUGGUGGAACCACAACAAGUUCCUGGGUCCUGCUGCUCUUAUCAACGCCAGUAGAUGGGUGUUUGACAGCCGGGACGAGAGCACCUCAGAGCGGCUGGACCAGCUGGCAGAGAAUGACAGGCUGAUGCCGUGCCACACUAUCAUGAACUGCGCUCGCACAUGCCCCAAGCACCUGAACCCCGGCAAAGCCAUUUCGCAGAUGCGCGCCAUGCAGGUCCUGCAGCGCGUGGGGGUGAAGAGGCCUGAAAAGGUGCCUGAUAUUAUCCCUUCAAACAGAAGAGGGUCUUAG